GGUGAGCGUUUUCGUAACUUUUGGCCCGUCCUCCAUCCCGUACAUCCUCACUUUUCCUGUUGUCACAAAUGGAUUUAAAUGCUCGUCACUUCGUCACCUCGACCGUUUAAGCAUUUAAAAGUUCUUCACGAUGGGUUGAUCUGGUCCUGCCAGGCGGGUGAAGAUGAACGGAAAGAAGCUGCGCUGUAGGCGCUGCCGCAGGGCCGUCGGAGACGCCACGUGUCUGGCAGCAGACUGCGGUCCGGUCUCCUGCUGUAUUUGGCACAUGGAUGUUGAUAAUCUACCGGAGUGGAUCUGGAUCUCGGUCCAGCAGGCCGUCUGGACGUCCGGGAAGCUGAACUGCUUCCACUGCGGGGCUCGGCUGGGCGGCUACAGCUUCCUGAACCGGUACCGCUGCCCCUGCGGCCGCGAUGCCACCGUCCACUUCAGCCGCAGCCGCGUGGAUCUGGACCAGAAGCCCCGCCUCCUCAUCGUCCCGCGGCGCAGGACGGGCCGUGGGUCGGCGCAGGCCCAGCAGGAGGGGCCCGCUCUGGACCCGGUCUGCGCCGGUGGGACUCCACAGCACGGUGCCGCCGUAGACACGGACGCGCCGCAGCUGGACUCGUCUGUCAGGAGAGCGGCAGAACCUCAGGCUGAGUCGGAUCAUGAGGAUCGGAGCGACGCCGUCCCCUGGGAGUCUGGAGCUCCGGCAGGAUUAGCAUCGUUAGCAUCAUUAGCAUCGUCGUCUGCAGCGCCUCAGGAAACAGAGGAAGCAGAGCGGCAGCAGGAAGCGGUGUCGUCCUCUCAGGGUCCCGUGGUUCUGAGCUCCUUGGCCCGGACCAGACUGAGCAAAACGGACCAGAACCGACUGAAGAGUCGGAGGAGGAAGCAGAGGAGGAGAGAGAGAUGGCUGCAGAGUCAGCUGCAGGAGGAAGAGGAGAAGGAGCCGGCCCAGUCGUCCCCGGCCCGUCCUCCGGCCUGUGAGGACGUGGACCGGGACGGCCUGACCUGCGCCGUGUGCCUGGACGUUUUCUUCCGGCCUCGCAGCUGCCUGCCCUGCGCUCACGUCUUCUGUGAGCCGUGUCUGCGGCGCCUGGCCCGGAACCGCGCCGCCCACACGCCCUGCCCGCUCUGCCGCCGCCUCAUCUCCAACACCGGCUUCCACAGAGAGCUCGACCACCGGGCCAAGACUCUGUUCCCGAAGGUCUGGGCGACGCGCAGGCAGAACUUCCAGAACUCGCUGAGCGCUCGCUGGCCGCUGCCCAGCUCCCGGGAGCAAACACGCUACUUAUGCUGUCAUGGGCGAAGCGCGGAGGCCGUGUGGCGACGCUGGCAUCUAAAUCCACGACCUUUUGACCUCGGCAUGCAGGGCCUUCCUCAGCUGCCCUUCGCCACGCUCAUCGUCCUCUUCGUCAUCUCCUUCGCGCUGCUCCUCUACCUCGCCGGGUUCUUCUUCACGUUAUUCACAUGAGUUUCUGCACAUGGCCAUGUUUUUAAUUUGCACAUAUUUUAACGAACUGGAUCCUGCAGAACCACAGAAAGGUGCUGAACAAAACGGUUCAACUUGUUGUAAAAUAAAUGUCUCCACUUUCCAAGGACUGAGACGGUAAAGGUG